AUGCUUCCACCAUGCCUUUGGGCACCCUCACUUGAACCACAUACAAUAAUAAAUUCUUAUGCAUAUAAGCAUGCUAUAAUAAGUGAAUGUAUACGUAUAGGCAAGGAAGAAAGCAAAUAUGAAUCACAAAUAAAUGAUAGAGAAAAAGAUUACCUAUUCCAGAAAAAUAUAGAAUUAAAAGCUGGAGUUAUGAAACCAAUUAUUGAAUUAGAAGAAACAAUCACACCAUCAAAUAAACAUAUUAAAGGUGAUUAA